AUGGGCACCCACGCCACCACCAUCAUGGUCACUAUCUCCAUGAUAGCCCUCACCAUGAUGCCCACCAUCAUCAUCAAGGCCUCCUCCUCUACCCUUUCUUCAUCCUCUUCCUCCUUCUCUUCUUCCUCCUGGUACACAGAGGCGAGCGCAAAUGAUCCCUUCUCUCUUCGUCAUGCUGAGCGGCCACAGCACUCCCUGUCUUGUUCCAACAUCUCAGAUGCACGCAGAGGUUUUCGGGAAGACGACAGCAGUGAGCCCAUUGUCUUUGCCACAGUGAAUCAUGGCAAAAAAGGCAGUGUUUGUAGUGAGAUACAGGCAAGCUCACAACAGAGGGGAAAGCAAGGUUUUGCUUCUCUUGACCGAGGUCACAGCAGAAGUGAAGAAGGCCUUCUGCAGGGUAAUGAAAGUAAUCUUGGAAGAGAAAAAUCCAGGGCACCACACAUGAACUAUGGGCCUUUGUAUAAGACAGCUAGUUUGAACCGAAGCUUGGCUUUCAGCGAGGAGGACAUUCUGCUAGGGGUCUCCAGGGGCCCCAAGAGAGCAGUGUCCUCCAGCCAGCUGCCCAGCAAAGGGAUCCUCAAGAACAAGGAGCCUCAUACUGACAUUCGCAAGGCUAAGUCAAUGGAGGUGCUGUCGCCAAGAGUUUCCAAAGAACAAGAUCCGAGUGGACGGAAAGGGAAAGGGAUCACUCAAGCUGAGAUAGAGCAAGCCAAGUCAAAUUUUGUGCAGGGAAAGGUGCAAUUCUCAGCCUUUCUAGAUGAGAUAACAAAACAGGUUAUAAGUGCAUCGGACCUCACCAUCUUGGGUGUGAACAAUAAUAAAACUACUGGGAAGACACCUUUCCCAGCCCCCAAAACACCUAGCCCAGUCAAACCUCAGCUCCCACCCAAGAAGCACAGAGAGAGCUCAGGAGAGGAAAGGGAGCAGCAUCCGAAACAGCACAGCAGACAGGAGAAAGCAGCGCGCAGCAGCUCUCGAAAACCCUCAGUCUGCUCCGAUCCGGACAAACUGAUCUCGUAUGCAGCUAGGAACCACCAUGGUAGCCCCCCGCCUCAUCAUCACCCCCAGUCUACCAGCCACAAUACUCGCCAUGGAAGCAGUCGUAAAGACAGGAGGCCGUCGCCCACUGGAGGCUCUGUGUCAGGAGACAGACAUGGCAGAUGUGGCCCUCACCUUACUGACGGUACCAGCACCAGCCCUGAACCCAGCAAACCCAAACAACGCCACCACCGCAAACAGCAGCCCACUGCCUCACACAGUUCACAUACCCAGCACUUCCACAAGCACCAACCUCAGCAAGUGCACCCGGGCUCUGGGCCCAGAGGACCCACCAGCUCCCCUCCAUCCUCAGCCCAGGGUGCAGGAGCAGGCCACGGAUCCGAGUCUUCGUCCACCAAAUCUGAUUCAUCCAAGGCCAGAGACACAGCCUCCACAGCUAACAGUUACAGUUCAGAGCAGAGUGGAAGACACUAUUCGCAACAUGUUGGGCACUCUAAACAACACAGGGACACGCUGUGUGAUGCUGACCAUCUCCAGGCGCUGCAGGAGGAGAACGCAGAUCUUCACCAGAACUUGCUGCAGACGGUGGUUUGCAUCGAGAGCCUAGAGGCAGAGUUGCAGAGGACCAGGGAGGAGCUCAGCCACGUCAAGGAGAAAUAUAAAAGCCUUUUGGAGACCCAUACUGGAACAAAGCAGGCCAAUAACCUGCUGGGUGAACACCUUCACAUAGCGUCAGAGAGCCUGAGCAGUGAAAGAAAGUACCUGCUAAACCGUGUGUCCCAGCUGAGCUCAGAGUUGGAGGACGCCCACAGGACCAUUGCUGCCCUGGAGAACAUCAAUGUACCAUGCCUGAUAAAGGAUUUAUUGGAGAAGCACUUCAACUCAGCUGAGGCCAUAAAGUUUCUGACAACCUCUGCUCCAAUCAGCCAUUCUGCCACCUCUCCGCAAGGGGACAGCAAAUCCCACACUCCUAAAAUGGAGAAAGCAGCACAUGAUUGGUCGACAAAAUCAGAGGCAGAGCCGCAGAGAGUCACAGCCUUCAUGCCGUUUAAACAGGAGAUACCAACAACAGGAACUGAAGCCUGUCUCUCAAGUCGACAUGAGUCGAGCCACAGCCCGCCUUUCUCUGUAGCUGACAUCAGCACUGCUAUCUAUAAGAAAAUGGCUGCUGGUUACGCUGCCAGACCACAACCUCUCUAUCCCCAAAGCCAACAGCAGCCUCUCCUGGGCACUAACCACACUAACGCCCCUCCAAACCUCCAGCAGGCCCAUGUGGGUGGUGACAGCUGGGGUGGGAAGGCAGGGGUACAGGUAACACUUCUGGAGAAGGACGUUGUGGAUGUGACCUCCUUGUCAGCCCAGCAAAUCCUGGAUGAUUUCAUGCAGCAGCUGCACACCCAUAAGGAGGCGGGUGGAGGGACAGAGCCACAGGGUGGGCAGGAGUGGGUGGGAGGAGCAGAAGAAACAGGCAGAGGGAAAAUUUCUUCCAACAAUAUGGCAGGAUGAAUCUAUAUUCUCAUCUUAUUGCAUUGAAAUAUUUAUUUAUUCAUAUAUGUUAUUGAUAUUUGAUUCAAAUAUUGUUCCUCCAAAAUGCUGUGGCUGAGGGAAUGUUUUUGUGUUUUGUUCUUGUUGUUGCUGUUUUGGUUUGUAUAUUAUGCACUUUUAGACUCUCAUAAACCUGAAUACAGGAAAAUGAAGUUCUUGCAUUGCUGGUACAAGACACAGAAAACACCAAUAUUUAUACUGAAAGGAAAAACGUUCAUUCUUGCAGCAACAGCAUCAAUGAAACCUGCAGCACAGCAAUUAAAUAUUAAAAAAACAUGCAGUAAUAGAAUACAUUUUAUUAUAGUACCCAAUUUCAAAGUAUGCUUUAUAAAUGUCUUUCUGUUUAAGUGAUAUUUGUAAUAAUGUGUCAUUUAGUCUUUACUGUUCCCUAUUACCUUGUCAUUUUCUCCCAAAUUAAUGAAGAGCAUAUUGAUCACAUACAAUGUUAUCUGUGACAUUCACUACAGGGCCACUAUUGACAACAAGGAGUGUCAGAAUAUGGCUUCUGUGUUUAAUAGCCAUUAUUGUAGAGAGAAGAAAUGAAAAGCACAUCUAGUGUUAUCUUUGAUAAAAGACAUCACUGACAUUGAUGGAAAUAGUUCAAACAGCUCUUCAUUCAGAGGUGAGCUCACCAGUUUGAUCUUAUUAGUAAAAUGAAAGACAAAGGUUCUAAAAGUACAAGACCUCAACGACUUCUGUAAUUGUAUACUUAUAAUAAGAAUAACAGGGCUGAGGUCAGCGUACAGGAUUAUUCAGUAACCAGCCUCUUAUCAGGGUAGUUCUUCUCUGAAUGUGAUUUUAUGUUUGAUGGCCGUGCUAUCAAUUCAUAUAAUUUAAUACAUGCCUGGUGAGUGACAAAGAGAGAUAUAGCCUUUUCAAAUCCAGAACCGUGUUGAGAGAGCCACUUACUCUCUUUUCACACACUCCAGUGAGUUCACAAUAGUCAUCUUUCAACAGCAGCCUGUUGUACCAUCAAUAUCAGUGUUAAUGAGAAACAGUUUAUUUCUGCACAGAAAUAAUCUCAUUUGUCUCCUAACCAUUGUUCAUUUUAACAGUUGUACUUCAUACUUGUGAAGAAUAACUCUUGAGCUUUAGGAAGCAGAUUGGUAACUGAUUUUCAGAACACACCAAAGAAAACUGCUCAUACACUGAUAUGAAGUUACAAUUAAAAAAAAAAAUCAUUCACUUAUUUGUUAGAAAAAUAAUUUUAAGUGAGAAAAAAAAAACAUAUAGAAUUUAAUAUUACUCUACAUGUGUGUAAAUGUUUAUUUUAUCUGUGUAUGUGUAUAUAUAAUACAUAAAAUAUACUGGUCCUACCUUUUGGAAAUAAUACGAUGCUCAGGGUAGAUGUUUUAAAGUGCUUUAGAAGGCAGAGAAAAAAUGUACAGUUAAGAUUGAAAGUUGUUACAAUGGAGAGUUGUUGUGACAAAGUAGAUUAGAUCAUGUGCAACAGCAACAUAUUAAUGUUGUUUUAAUCUGUAUAGCCCUCACCUCUCAUCAGUGUACACUAUACCCCCCUACACUAUGCAGCUAUGAAUACUGCUCAGCUCCAUCAAUUCAAUAUGUAACUGUGUCAUUGCAGCUGUUCCACCAAUAAAAAUCCUCAUAUUAAAUGAA